CCACAAAAAACUAUAAAGGUUCAACUGCGAAUACAAAAGAUGUGAAUCACCAGACGCCAUUGAACCUCAAUCCAAGCUGAGAGAAGGGAAGCUUAAAAUGGCGGCUGCUGCUGCUGCUUUAGCGCCAGCCACUUCUCUCCGGUCUAAAUCUUCCUCCACCUUGCGAUUCAUCUUCUUCUGCUCCAAAAAUCAAACAAGGUUCUCCUCUCUCCCGCCGGUUCCUCGCGGAACGUUCCCGUUUUCCUCUGUUAUUCCUCGUCGGCGAUGCUUCUCCUCAUUGAUUGCUAGGGCGGUACACUCAGGCGAGGAGACAAAGAUGGAAGCUUUAGAAAAGAAGGGGAAUGAAAUGGGGAAUAGAGUUGGGGAGUUCAGGAAGAAGCUUAAGAUUGCUGAUAUAAAGGGAGGACCGGAUGACGGUUUGAGUCGGGUCGGGCAGACGCUGGUGGUUAUGGGUUGGGUUCGAACUCUCCGGGCUCAAAGCAGCGUCACAUUCAUUGAGGUAAAUGAUGGUUCAUGUCUUUCAAAUAUGCAAUGCGUGAUGGACUCAGAAGCAGACGGUUAUGAUCAGGUGGAAUCUGGCUUGAUUUCAACUGGUGCAUCUAUAUGGGUGCAAGGCAUAUUGGUGGCUAGCCAAGGAUCAAAGCAGAAGGUGGAAUUGAAGGUUGACAAACUUGUGGUGGUUGGCAAAUGUGAUCUUUCCUUUCCCAUUCAAAAGAAGAGAGUCAGUAGAGAAUUUUUGAGAACUAAGGCUCAUCUUCGUCCUAGAACAAACACAUUCGGUGCAGUUGCAAGGGUGAGGAAUGCUUUGGCAUAUGCUACACACAAGUUUUUCCAGGAAAAUGGGUUUGUGUGGGUCUCAAGUCCUAUUAUUACAGCUUCAGAUUGUGAAGGAGCAGGUGAACAGUUCUGCGUUACUACUUUGAUUCCUAGUUCCCAAGAAGCUGACCAGUCUCCAGUGGCUGCCAUUCCAAAAACAGAGAAUGGAUUAGUUGAUUGGUCAAAAGACUUUUUUGGGAAACCAGCAUUCUUGACAGUCUCUGGCCAACUUAAUGGUGAAACAUAUGCCACUGCUCUUUCAGAUGUGUAUACAUUUGGUCCCACAUUUCGGGCAGAAAAUUCUAACACAUCUAGGCACUUAGCUGAAUUUUGGAUGAUUGAACCAGAACUUGCAUUUGCGGAUCUGAAUGAUGACAUGGCCUGUGCAACUGCCUAUCUCCAGUAUGUAGUGAGACAUGUUCUCGAAUAUUGCAAGGAAGACAUGGAUUUUUUCAACACCUGGAUUGAGAAAGGGAUCAUUGAUCGAUUGACUGCUGUGGUUGAGAAAGAUUUUGUUCAGUUAACUUAUACUGAAGCAAUCGAACUUCUUCUAAGAGCAAAAAGGAAAUUUGAAUUUCCGGUUAAAUGGGGAUGUGACUUGCAAAGUGAACAUGAACGCUACAUAACUGAAGAGGCAUAUAAUGGGUGCCCUGUUAUUGUUAGAGACUACCCAAAGGAGAUCAAGGCAUUCUAUAUGCGCCAAAAUGAUGAUGGGAAAACUGUAGCAGCCAUGGAUAUGCUGGUACCUCGGGUUGGUGAGCUUAUUGGUGGGAGCCAAAGAGAAGAACGGCUUGACUAUGUGGAAAAUCGUUUAGAUGAGUUGAAGCUGAAUAGGGACAGCUACUGGUGGUACCUUGAUCUGCGUCGUUAUGGUUCAGGUUAGAGAUCCCUUCUCCACAAAGUUCUACAAUCUCGAGUCCCUAUCACAAUUUGGCAAUCUUCCUAUCUAGUAUUCUCUUAAUUUUACGAUGCUUCUCUUCCAUUUCACUUGUGUUUUAUAAUAACCCAUUUCAUUGCAUCUACAAUAAGUGGCUCUAGAUUAUAUAUCCAGUAUGUCUCCUAAUCUCCUGAAUUUCUUCUUGUCAGUUCCUCAUGCUGGCUUUGGACUAGGCUUUGAAAGACUAGUCCAGUUUGCAACUGGAAUUGAUAAUAUAAGAGAUGCAAUACCUUUUCCGCGAACACCUGGUUCAGCUGAAUUUUAGAGGUGAAAGUGACAAUUGUAUUUUACAAUUCUAAAGAGUUUUUGAAGCUACAUCUCUGUUCAAAGGAAAGAUUUCAAAUCCAUUUUAUAGUGCCAAAACUUGUGGGCUGCUUUUACCCAUUCAAUUUUUUGUAAACAAGGUUUAAUUAGUGAAUGAUAUUAGACUUUUAUACUCUUCAUUUUCAAUUCUUGUGUACUCGGUCUCUGCUCUUUCUUUUUAUCUGGGAUUCCAUUUUAUUCUCAGUCCAUGAUAUAAAGAAUUGGAUCUAUC